CUAUUUUGGAAGAUAUUUUGAAAGAGUCAGCACUACAUUUGGUUCCGCUAGUUGUAACAAAGAAGUGGAAAAAAGCGUGUUUUCUCUCUUGCAAGAAAAUCCGAACGAAUUGGAAGCAAAAUCAAGCAUGGGAUCGAGUGCGAAUAAGGGGUUGUUCCACCAGUACUUGGUGCAGCUUCAGCGUCACCCCCUGAGAACCAAGGCAAUUACAGCCGGAGUGUUGUCAGGGAUUAGUGAUUUGGUUUCUCAGAAGCUCACUGGAAUACAGAAGAUUCAGCUGAGACGGCUUGUUCUGAAAGUGCUUUUUGGAGCCGUUUAUCUUGGGCCUUUUGGGCAUUUCCUGUAUAUAAUGCUGGAUAAAAUUUUCAAGGGCAAGAAGGAUUCAAAAACAGUAGCUAAGAAGGUGGUGCUGGAACAGUUGACAUCUUCUCCUUGGAACAACUUACUAUUCAUGAUUUACUAUGGGUCGAUCAUUGAGGGAAGACCUUGGAUGCAUGUGAAAACUAAUAUUAAGAAGAAUUAUCCAUCGGUGCAGCUUACGGCAUGGACGUUCUGGCCGGUUGUCGGGUGGGUAAAUCACCAGUAUGUGCCGCUGCAGUUUCGUGUCAUUUUCCAUAGCUUAGUAGCAUUUGGCUGGGGAAUAUUUUUGAAUCUACGAGCAAGAUCUUUGACAUUGACGAAGGCCAAAUGAAUAAAUAAUUAAUGUGUAAGAUUCAUGCUCACAGUUUGUGCCACUUCUCUGUGGUUCAUGAUGUCUUUUGUGCCGUCAUGUAUUCAAAAAUAAAUCCUAACUCUUUUAUCUGUUUAGUUAUUUAUCAUGAUUUGGGAUUCCCUGGGCAUUAGUCA